UACAACUGCAGAGCACAUCCUGGCUGGCUGCGGAGCGAGCGAAAAUAGCUUUCUGCAGGCACCGUGCAACGCACAUCCUCCCCUGCCCGGCUUCCCUGCCUCGGUGCGCUCUGCCUUGGCAAAACCACAUUGCCGUGGAGCACUCAGACCGCCGGCCUCUGCUCUAAACCAGGCUGGCUGCGAGGAAGUGAACUUUUCAGACCCAGCCGAGGCUCCAGCAACAGAAGCCUAGCCGUUACUCAUUAUGGGAUGGCCUCUGCUUCCCCUGGAAAAGGCAAAACCGUGGCACGGCCCUGCUAGCCUCUCAGCUCACCCUCUUCAUCUCAGGUACCGCUGAACAGCAGAGAUGCUUCAGUGAGGGCUGCGGCGGAGAAAGCCUGCGAGCCAGACCUGGCAUCAUCCUCGUCAGCCAGGGCAGAAAACAACAGCGGCUCCAACCGGCCUUCCGGCUUCUUCCCAAGGGCAUGUGGAGUACAGGUAAUGACUGAAGGAGAACCCCUUAUGAAUCACCCACAGAGAUGCAGCGCCACAGACGAGAACAGUUCUUUCUCUGCUUGCCCCAAGGCCUGGAUCGAACCCACUUUCACCCUUGCCUCCAAGACCCGGGUGGUCAUCACCAGCUGCUUCUUCGUUGUAGCGGCCUGCAGCAAUUCGGCAGUCCUGUACAGCGUCAUGAGAAAGAGGCGGAAAUCCCACGUCCAGCUGCUCAUCCUCAGCUUAACCAUGGCAGACCUCCUGGUCACCAUUGUGGUCAUGCCGCUGGACGCCGUGUGGAACAUCACCAUUCAGUGGUACGCGGGAGAUGCCCUGUGCAAAUUCCUCAACUUCUUCAAACUCUUCGCCAUGUACUCGGCCGCCCUGGUGCUCGUGGUGAUCAGCCUGGACCGGCACACGGCUAUCCUCCACCCAUUUUCUUUUGCUAACUCCAGCCACCGCAAUCGGAUCAUGCUCUACGUUGCAUGGAUCCUUAGCGUCUUGCUGGCAUCUCCCCAGCUGUUCCUUUUCCACCUGUACACUGUCCCGGGGGUCAACUUCACCCAAUGUGUGACGCACGGCAGCUUCAAGGAACACUGGCAGGAAACCACCUACAACAUGUUCACCUUCACCACUCUCUACAUCACGCCACUGAGUGUGAUGGUAGUUUGCUAUGUCCGCAUCUUAUUUGAGAUCACCAAGCAGUUGAAAAUUAACAAAGGUCUUUCCAGAGGCAAGGAUGACCACAUCUCCAAGGCCCGCAUGAAGACUCUCACCAUGACCAUUUUGAUAGUGGCGUCUUUCAUCAUUUGCUGGACUCCUUAUUACCUCCUGGGCUUGUGGUACUGGUUCCAGCCCAACAUGAUCCGUAAGAUGCCAGAAUAUAUCAACCACUUCUUCUUCCUCUUCGGCUUGCUGCACACUUGCACAGAUCCUAUCAUCUAUGGCUUGUACACCCCAUCCUUUCGGGAAGACAUGAAGUUGUGCCUCAAGAGGCUAAAAUCAACAGAGACGCACCAGGAAAACAAGCUGGCAUCCCUGUCGGAGAUGAACAAUAAAGGGACAAAGGACCAGGGGCAAGCACCUUCAAGUGUUUCUAAUGGAGGGACUUUGCACACUGUGUUGUAAACGAAGACCGGCAUCUAAGAGACAAGCCGUUCGGGGCUCAUUCAUACACACCCGCUGAGCAUGUGAUUUACAUCACAACAUUGGAUAACUGAGCAUUGGAGAAGUUACACACAAACACCAAAUGUGUGAACUGACUUAAACUACAUUCAGUUAAAGAAGACAGGAAAGAUUUAGUGAGUGUCUGUCUGUUCACACAUGUGAUGAGCAGGGAUGUGUAAACCAGGGUUGGGUGUUCAGUUGAUCAGCCCCUUCUUCGACUGACAUUCCAGUGGAAGCAAAUGACCUUCGAAUCUAGGUUGUCAAUGGUUGGCCAACUACCCUUGGUGGUGGCCUCAGCAGUCUUGGUGUUGAGGCUGAAAUCUGUCCCAGGUUCAUCCAACAGCCAACUGAAGCCAAAUGAAAAGUCCCUGUAUAUAAACUUUUAAAAACUGUGUCUUUUUAAGCAUUAUGUUGAACUAAAUCUCAUGGUUAAUCCCAGCUGCAGUAGACUUUUUGAAUGAACAGGACUUGUGAAGUCAACACAUAAGUCCCAUUGAUUCAAUGGCUUUGCUCUAGUUGGAUUAAAAAAUAAUUUUAAAAAAUGCAUCCUGUUGUUUUGGUUGAUGACCAUUAUUAUUUUUGUGAUAUCCUUCAUGGAACAUGAUUAACGAAAAGAAAUUUGAGUCAUGUGAUCUAAACAAAAAGCAAAAACAGCACAGAUUGUACAGAGGCACUGGGUGGGUGUUUGGAGGCCAGCAGCUGUGGAUGA